GGUUAUUCCAAAUCACGCUGCCGCAGGCGCGAGCUGGGGUUUUGAAAAUGCCUCAGAGCCUGUAAAGUUGAGUGUUUCCCUCUCAAGAUGCCCCUCUCAGACUUUAUUCUGGCCCUGAAGGACAAUCCCUACUUUGGGGCUGGAUUUGGGCUUGUGGGUGUGGGCACAGCCCUGGCCCUGGCCCGCAAGGGUGCCCAACUGGGCCUGGUGGCAUUCCGGCGCCAUUACAUGAUCACACUGGAAGUCCCUGCUCGAGACCGAAGCUAUGCCUGGUUGCUUAGCUGGCUCACCCGCCACAGUACCCGUACUCAGCACCUCAGUGUUGAGACUUCGUACCUUCAGCAUGAGAGUGGGCGCAUCUCCACUAAGUUUGAAUUUGUCCCCAGCCCUGGGAACCACUUUAUCUGGUAUCAGGGGAAAUGGAUCCGAGUGGAACGAAGCCGAGAGAUGCAGAUGAUAGACCUGCAGACAGGGACCCCUUGGGAAUCUGUCACCUUCACAGCUCUGGGCACUGACCGAAAGGUUUUCUUCAACAUCCUGGAGGAAGCUCGAGAGCUGGCCUUGCAGCAGGAGGAAGGGAAGACGGUCAUGUACACAGCCAUGGGCUCUGAGUGGCGUCCUUUCGGCUAUCCACGCCGGCGGCGGCCGCUGAAUUCUGUGGUUCUAGGACAGGGUCUGGCUGACCGAAUUGUCAGAGACGUCCGGGAAUUCAUCGAUAACCCCAAGUGGUACACUGACAGAGGCAUUCCCUACAGACGUGGCUACCUGCUUUAUGGGCCCCCUGGUUGUGGAAAAAGCAGUUUUAUCACAGCCCUGGCAGGGGAACUGGAACACAGCAUCUGCCUGCUGAGCCUUACGGACUCCAGCCUCUCCGACGACCGGCUCAACCACCUGCUGAGCGUGGCCCCACAGCAGAGCCUGGUGCUCCUGGAGGACGUGGAUGCAGCCUUUCUUAGCCGAGACCUAGCUGCAGAGAACCCAGUCAAGUACCAAGGUCUGGGUCGCCUCACCUUCAGCGGACUGCUCAAUGCCUUGGAUGGUGUGGCAUCCACCGAGGCACGCAUCGUGUUCAUGACCACCAACCAUGUUGACAGGCUGGACCCUGCCCUGAUACGCCCUGGACGAGUAGACAUGAAGGAGUACGUGGGCUACUGCUCACACUGGCAGCUGACCCACAUGUUCCAGAGGUUCUAUCCAGGGCAGGCACCUUCCUUGGCUGAGGCCUUUGCAGGACGUGUCCUUCAAGGUACAACUCAGAUCAGUCCUGCCCAGGUACAGGGCUACUUCAUGCUGUAUAAAAAUGACCCUGCAGGGGCAAUUCACAAUGCUGAGUCUCUGAGGACAUGACGAGCAGGCUGUCCUCAGCUCUCCUCCUGUAGAUCAAUAAAUAGCUGCCACACCAUUCUGGU